GAAUGCCCGUGUUGUACUGACACAGUAGCGAUACGGGCUGAGUAGACAUGGAGGCCCCGUUAACCAGAGAGCCCCGUGCUGACACAUCCAGGCCUAGCUAACGGCGCGUCGGAGUGGAUUUUGGAGCACAUCGGGAGAUAUUACGGAUACUUAUUGCUGUAAGGAAAAGGGGAUUUUAACACCAAGGAAGAAGAAAUAGAAGGAUAUCCAUUUCGGGUCUCUGUUGAUUCAACGCAGCCGCCAUUUUGUUGACAGACUCUAAAGAUAAAAUAUGUGGCCACCACGUUGAUUCCCACGAAGGGAGGACACCGGGCCAAAUAAUGUGAACACCGUUUCUGGACAAUUACAGAGUUGUAGGACGGAGAAAGAGGGCUGGACUGCCAGAAGGGAUAGAAGCCACCACAAAACAAGGAGCGCUUUACCCUCACCGUUAUCCCCCUCCCCUUUCCCCCCCAUAACCCUUAUCCCCUCCCACCCCGCCUACAAAAACUGUACCUGGUAUCCCCAACAUACCUUCCCUAGUAAACCUGCCCACCCAAUAAAGUUCUUAUGGAUCCAAAAAAUCAAUUGGCGACUGCAACUCCACCCCCUCCUCUCUCAGGCGUCCCCUCAGGGGAACGGGAGAAGGAGGUAGGGGGUGGAAAGAAAGAAGAAGAAGAAGAAGAGGAGGAGGAGGAGAAGAAGAAGAGAGAUAGAGAGAAGGAAGGAGCCGCCACUGUCUCUGCUGGUGCAGGAGGGGCAGGGGCAAGCGGGCCGGGAGGUGCCGGCGGCGACCAGUCCCAUUUCUCCAUCAAAGAGAGCAGCCUUUCCGAGGGAAAUGUCAAACUUAAGAUUGGGCUUCAAGCAAAACGCAUGAAGAAGCCCCCCAAGAUCUUGGAGAACUACGUGUGCCGACCAGCCUUCAGAGCCACGGUGAGGCACACGGGCCGCGGAGGAGGCGGUGCUCGUGGAAACCGUGCCGGAGCCACUAGUGAUGGGGCAGGCCUUCAGAGCCAGAGUCCUUUGCACGGCCGGGACAAAGACAAGAAAGAGAAACUCAGUGUCAACAGGCCGGCCUCAUCGUCUUCAUCAACCCUCUCAGCUAAAGCUGCUACGCCACCUCCUCCUGCCCCCAUCAGCACUACCACCCUGUCACCCACACAAGUGAAUGGGAGCACUCCAGGAAAAAGGGGUUCACCAAAGAUGGAUUGCAAGUCCGAUCUAAAGCCAGACACGAAAGCAGCCACCACCACAUUUGAGAGACCCCUUAACCUUCACCGUCCUACACCAGACAGCAAAACGCAUCCAUCUGGGAAGAAAACAUCAACUCCACAGCCCAACGCUCGAACAUCUUCACCUUCUCCACCACUACCUUCAUCAAAGGAACCCAGCUUUGAAGCUCUUAAACCUCUUCAAUACACCUACAGCACUGAAAGUCAGAGAGACAAGGACAAGAGUGUUCAAAAUUGGGUGGCACCCAAGAUCACUGAGAAAUUAGCGCAACUCAUAGCGACAUGCCCACCCUCAAAGACCCCUAAGCCAGCCAAACAUACAAAGACCGACCCGGCUCCUCCUCUCCCAAACUCAGGCUUUAUGGCCCCGACAGCCAAGCAACGAGACAGGGCUAUGGCCAAUAGGAACACAUAUUCAAGAAUGGUACACCUUUCUCCACCACCUCCGGUGUCACGACCGCCUGGUCGGCCGUAUGGUUCUAGGAACAAAGACAGUGUAUUGGAAAAUUCACCUUCCCUGACACCAGUGAGGCAGGAGGACAUGGAAGGCGAUGAUAAAGCCAGUAGCAGCAGCAGCAGCAGCAGCAGCAGCGAUAACGGCUACAACGGCGACAGCAAUAACUGCCCGUCUGCCAUGUCAAAGGACUGCAGCAACGACAACGGUGGCAUCUCUAAGCCUCAGUCACGUCCAGGUUACUGCCUACCAUGCAACACGUCCUUGCCAUCCUGUCCCAUUUCAUCCUCUUCCACCAACUCCGCUGAGCCGAGGACAGUGAGCGCAGUGAGUCACCUGGGGUUCCCUGCUCCCUCACAAGCGCACCAUGCACGAGAGAGUCCCGCCUUGGCAGAGGAGAGCAGUGUAAAUAAGAGGGAGCAGGACGGUGACGGCCAGAGAGACAUAACCAAGUGCCCUCCUCCAACAGGAUCAGGAAAACCAGAAGGGAAAGACAAGGGGGCGAAUAAUCAGUCACUGCGAAUCGAGAGGGUGAAAAGCUCUAGUCCAAGUAAGCGCAGUCCUAAUCGCGAUAGUAGCCGAUCCGGGCGGACAAGCAGCCCCGCUGAGCAUGUAAGACAAAGGGCUUCUCCUUUAUCGGAGCCAGAUGAUGAUGAUGGUCCACUAACACCACUGAGAGAUGAUUCUCCUGAUUCAUCCAUAGACUCUCCAGCUGAGCAGGACAGCAAACCCCUAAAAAAACGUAGGGGAAGGAAACCCCGCUGGAGCCGUAUGAUGAACAAGACUUAUGGUCAAAGAGUAAGCCUGGACGGUCCAUUCGACCAGAGAAAAAACAUCUUGCCUUUAUCGUCAAGCUUGGAAACCCUGUCUCCACCGGUUAAGAGACCGGUGGGCAGGCCUCCAAACCCAAAUAAAGUCAAACCAAAUCCUAUGUCACAAAAUCCAGUGUCUCAGCUUUUCCCACCCCAGCCUAAGAAAAGGGGAAGGCCAAAGUCUAUAAUGCCACGGCUUGACGGUCCAGCCCGUGGGUGCCUUCCUAACAAGCUGGUUCCCUCCAAGGUCUUUUCAUCUUUACUGAAGUCUAAAGAGGAGCAGGACCCCCCUGUGCUUCAUCCUGAGGUGGACUUAAACCCUCCUAAACCUAUGCCUAGAAAACGCGGACGCCCCAAGCGGCUUCCUCCUACCUUACCCCAAGAGGGUCAGCCUCCUACUUUGGCUCCCGAGGCAGGGGACAUGGGAGACAAACGGUUCCGCACCAAAGGAAACGGGCAGCUUAUCAUGAAAACUAUUAUAGGCAAGAUCAAUAAGAUGAAAAGCAUGAGAAGGAAGCGUAUUCUCAGUCAAAUUUUGUUAGGCCCAAGACCAGAAGACAUCCCGAAAUGCACCACCAGUGGGGUGGUUGGUUCCGUGGAAGCUGCAACCCAAUCGCUGUCGUCGUUGGCGGCUUCGUUUGGUGGAAAACUAGGGCCACAAAUUAAUGUCAGUAAAAAGGGCACGAUAUACAUGGGUAAAAGACGAGGCCGCAAACCCAAAUCCGCCUCUAAUUCAACAACACCCCCACCAGAACCUUUCCUGUCUCCAAACACCACGUCCCCUCUCCAUCACCAUCAGUUGCAUCAACAUCACCAGCUCUCCUCGUCAGAGGUCUUUCCCUCCCCGUCCCUCUCGCAGUCCAGCGGAGGCCACAGUCCCAUCAGCGAUGCCAGCUUUGUGGAGCCAGGCUCAGUGCACUUUGCAGGUCACUCUCACUACGCUAACCCCCACCACGCCCACAGCACGUUCUCCUUUCCUCCCCCAACUUUUUCCGCACCCAAUCCUCGCAACACUGGAUCAUCAUCCAUGGCCACAGCAGCUUCCCAGAAAAAGUCCUCUUACCGCGGGUACCAGCACCACCACCAUUACAGGCAGCACUACCAUUACCAUAAGCUUUCACCUUCUAGGCCGCUUCAUCCCACCUCCCCUGCACCUCUCAGCGAGCUCAAAGAAGCCACUCCGUCACCAGUCAGCGAGUCUCACAGUGAGGAGACCGUGCCCAGUGACAGUGGUAUAGGAACAGAUAAUAACAGCACAUCUGACCGUGGUGAGAAAGCUGGUGGCGCGGGUGGCCUGGGCGUAAUCGGGAUGCCACCUGGAAUGGGCGGUGGAUUAUUAAUGCCUGGUGUAAUUGGUUCAGCUAUGGGUCCAGGGGUGGGCCUUAGUUCCAGAGGCCGGAGACGCCACUCCGCCGUGCUUAUGGAACAUCCCUCACCCGCUCCAUCACCCCAGGGGGCAAGGUCAUCACCAGAUCCAAGGAGACCUCACCCAGCAGCUCCCGCCUCUUCCUUAAUAGGACAUAAGGACAAACAUAAGCACAAGUGCAAACGGCGCACUCACGGGUGCCCCGGCUACGACAAGCUAAAGAGACAGAAGAGGAAACGCAAGAAGAAAUUCCUGCAGCUGCGCUCCCGGCGGCAUGACCCAGACUUUCUUGCUGAGCUAGAGGAGAUUGUUGUCAGACUUAGUGAAAUAAGGAUAGCACACCGUACCACUGGGCACCGGCUCGGCAGCGGGAUAGGCAUUGCGGCAGGAACGAGCAGAGUGACAGGAGUGGGGAGCAGGGCCAGCGGCGGCAUAGGAAGCCCAGGUGGCCCUCCUCCACAUCAUUAUGUCCACAGAGAUCUCCUGCCUACAAUCUUCAGGGUAAACUUUGGCAGCUUCUACUCUCAUCCGGCAUACUCCUGUGACCCAUUGCACUAUGUUCGUAAACCAGACAUGAAGAAGAAACGGGGCCGGCCUCCUAAACUGAGGGAGUCCAUGUCUGAGGUUCCUUUUGUACCUGGACUUGGAUUUCCACUCUCCAGCGGAGGCUUCUACCACCCCUCCUACGCCGUUCCCUACUCCUCUGGGCCCCUCGGUUUGGGCUAUUACAGGGGCUACCCCCCAGCUAGCGCUCUGUAUCCCCACCCACACCACCAGUCGCCCCACACAGCCGCGUCACACCACUCUCACCACUCACCGUCGUUCCCCCCUCCUCCCCCCACAUCCUACAUGCAUCAUCACCACCCUUCUCAUCUCCUGCUGAACCCCUCUAAAUUUCACAAGAAAAAACACAAGCUACUCCGGCAGGAUUACCUCGGAGGCGGACGGUCUCCUGUCCUGUAUCCACCUAUGUCAUCGGAGCUUUCCUUCAACUGGCACCACAAACACAAACACCGACACAAACACAGAGAGCGCUGUUCUGAGGAUGACAGAGAGGAAGCUGCAAGAGGAGGAUUGACCAGCCGGGCAAGUACAGGGGCUUCUGAGAGUGGACCAUCAGGGAAAGGAGAGCGAGUUGGCAGCUUAGGAAUGGCAGAGUCCUUACAACGAUGCCGCUUCGGGCGAGAUGCCGCCAGCACCACUGCCGGCAAGUCAACUGCUUCGACUUCAGCCAACUCCCCAUCCUCAUCCUCCUCGUCAUCCGCAGAAAGGUACAAGCGCAAAGAGAGCUCCAUGUCCUGUCUGGGCCCCUCGAGGCUCGCACUGGGUAGCGGCUCGAAAGGCCACCACCCAGUAGAGUCUUGGUUCAGGAUGGGCAGCUCCAAGGCCAGUUAUUCAAAGCUUUCCCGGAGCCAUGUGGCACCUGGACAGGGUCCCUUCUCAGACGGACGGGCCGAAGACCCAGCCGGCUGCUCAGACAGCGAGGAUGAGGAGCCUCUCAGUCCCACGGAGGAUGUGGAGCCCGGAGCCCAUGAUUCUCCAAACCGUACAAAUCUGUUUGCCUCUGCUCUCACCCGCACUACGCUGAAAGGGGGGAAAAACAGAAAAACUGAAGUGGUCACUGAGAGCUCCGCCUUCUCCCGCAUUGACCGGCCGAUGAGGAAGGAUCGUUCAACAUCGGCAGAGAGGAGAGAGUUAGGGUCGUCAUUGGGUAUCCAGACAAGGGGCGUCGCCCUCUCUCCCCCUGAAGGGCCCGACGUAUCCAUGCACCACCGGCAGCAGCACCAUCACCACCAACCCACCAUGUUCCACUCCCACGGCUCCGCUUCCUCCUCCUGCCUCUCCCCCUCACAGGACUGUUGCCUGGGGGAUGCUUCCCCGCCCCACCAAUCCCAUCGGGCACAGCCAUCCAAACACAGCCUGUACCACGUCAACAAAAUCCUGCGCGCCAAGAAGCUCCAGCGGCAGGCACGCACGGGAAACAACGUGGUGAAGAAGAGGGGCCCCGGCCGUCCCAGGAAACACCCGUUACCCUCCCCGCCACCAUCCCCGCCGCCAUCCCCACCACCAGUGGUUGAGCUGAAUCAGACCCGGCACAGGGACAGAGUGACGGAACGGCCCGCGGGGGGCAGAGGGUGGGAGGGGGACACCGUUACGGAUGCCAUUGAGGCGGUAGUCCAGGGCCAACGCCGAAAAAGCCAGAAGAGGAAGCAGUGGGACGGAGGUGAGGAAGAAGAAGAGGAGGAGGACGAGGAUGAGGAGGACGGGGAGGUAGAGGAAACUGAGGAGCGAUUGCCAGACAGAGAGGAGAACCUGGGCAGCCUGGCUGCAAGGGCCAGAGCUGGGACAGGGAGAAGCUGGCUUACCCAGGACGAGCUCCAACAGUUUCGUGGCUCAAUGGAAAGCAAGCCAGAUGGCCAAUGCUCCCCGGACCACCCAACCACCGUGCCCCAGGAACAAGCUCUGCCCAUGCCGGUAAUUACCCAACGGGAGAAAAGACCAGCCAGACCUCCAAAGAAAAAGUUUCAGAAGGCGGGACUUUACUCUGAUGUGUACAAGACCGAAGACCCCCGGAGUCAGCUUCUGCAGCUAAAGAAAGAGAAGCUUGAAUACAUACCUGGUGAACAUGAUUUUGGAUUGUUUCCGUCUCCAAUUCAUGUUGGGAAGUACCUGAGACAGAAGCGCAUUGAUUUCCAGUUGCCUUACGACAUCUUAUGGCUGUGGAAACAUGAUCAGCUUUACAAGAGGCCAGAUGUCCCCCUUUAUAAAAAGAUCAGAUCAAAUGUCUAUGUGGAUGUGAAGCCUCUCUCGGGUUAUGAAACCACUACAUGCAGCUGCAAACAGCGUGAAGACUCAACUGAAAAAGGCUGCCUGGACGAAUGUCUGAACAGGAUGAGUUAUGCAGAGUGCUCUCCUAGCACCUGUCCAUCUGGUGACCGGUGUGACAACCAGCACAUCCAGAGACACGACUGGGUCCAGUGUCUGGAGCGGUUCCGUGCCGAGGGCAAGGGCUGGGGCAUCCGCACCAAGGAGACCCUUCGCUCCGGACAGUUUAUCAUCGAGUACCUGGGAGAAGUGGUUAGCGAACAGGAGUUUAGGAGCCGUAUGAUGGAGCAGUACUUCGCCCACAGCGGCCAAUACUGUCUGAACCUGGAUAGCGGCAUGGUGAUCGACAGCUACAGAAUGGGCAAUGAGGCACGCUUUAUAAACCACAGCUGUGAACCCAACUGUGAAAUGCAGAAGUGGUCUGUGAAUGGCGUUUACAGAAUAGGUCUCUUUGCUCUCAAGGACAUCAACAGUGGCAUUGAGCUCACUUAUGACUACAACUUCCACUCCUUCAACACAGAAGAACAGCAAGCGUGCAAGUGUGGCUCCGAGAGCUGCCGGGGCAUCAUCGGAGGGAAGAGCCAGCGAAUCAACGGCCUUCCCGGGAAGACCGGAGGGACUCGGCGGCUGGGUCGACUCAAGGAGAAGAGGAAGUCCAAACACCAGCUCAAGAAACGAGAGGAGGAGUCGAGUGACAGCAACAAGUUUUACCCUCAUCUCAUGAAGCCGAUGUCCAACAGAGAGAGGAACUUUGUGCUGAAGCACAGCGUGUUUCUCCUGAGGAACUGGGAGAAGAUGAGGGAGAAACAGGAGCUGCUGAAGAGAGAGGGCGAGCGAGAGAGGGACCCCGGCAGCUUGUCUUUGUAUACGCGCUGGGGAGGAGUGAUCCGGGACGACGGCAACAUCAAGUCAGACGUGUUCCUGACGCAGUUCUCGGCGUUGCAGACGUCGCGGUCGGUGCGCACACGAAGACUGGCCGCCGCUGAGGAAAACACAGAAGUCACACGCACUGCUCGCCUCGCACACAUCUUUAAGGAGAUCUGUGACAUGAUCACCAGCUACAAGGAUUCAGCCGACCAGACACUUGCUGCUCCGCUAGUGAACCUCCCGUCCAGGAAGAGGAACAGCCAGUACUACGAGAAGGUGUCUGACCCUCUGGACCUGAGCACCAUCGAGAAGCAAAUCCUCACAGGGCACUACAAAACUGUAGAGGCGUUUGACACAGACAUGCUAAAAGUGUUCCGAAAUGCUGAGAAAUAUUACGGCAGGAAAUCAUCGGUCGGCCGGGACGUUUGCCGUCUGCGUAAAGCCUACUACAGCGCACGUCACGAAGCUGCCGUCCAGAUUGACGAGAUCGUUGGCGAGACGGCCAGCGAGGCCGACAGCUCUGAUUCGCUGGAGCGUGACCACGGCCACCACCAUGGAGGGGGAGGUCCGGGGCCGCACGACAAGGACGAUGACAUCAUCCGAUGCAUCUGUGGAAUGUACAAGGACGAAGGCCUCAUGAUCCAGUGUGAAAAGUGCAUGGUGUGGCAGCAUUUUGACUGCACGCGGCUGGAGGCCGAGGUGGAGCACUACCUGUGUGAGCUGUGUGACCCUCGGCCUGUAGACCGGGAAGUUCCCAUGAUACCCCAGCCUAGCUACGCCCAGGCUGGCUCUGUAUACUACAUCUGCCUCCUUCGAGAUGAGCUGCUGCUACACCAAGGCGACUGUGUGUAUCUGAUGAGAGACAGCAGACGCACACCUGAGGGACAGCCUGUCAGACAGUCUUACCGUCUCUUGUCUCAUGUCAACCGAGACAAACUUGACAUCUUCCGAAUUGAGAAACUCUGGAAGAAUGAAAAGGGGGAGAGAUUUGCCUUCGGCCACCACUACUUCCGUCCCCACGAGACGCACCAUUCUCCAUCACGCCGAUUUUACCCCAAUGAGUUAUUCCGCAUGCCACUCUACGAGAUCAUCCCCCUGGAGGCAGUGGUGGCAACCUGCUGCGUCCUCGACCUCUACACCUACUGCAAAGGACGGCCAAAGGGUGUGAAAGAGCAGGACGUGUACAUCUGUGAUUACCGCUUGGACAAGUCCGCUCACCUGUUCUACAAGAUCCAUCGGAACCGCUUCCCAGUCUGCACCAAGCUGUAUGCCUUCAACCACUUCCCUAAGCGGCUCACACCAAAAAGAGACUUCUCGCCUCACUACGUUCCUGACAACUACAAGAGGAACGGGGGUCGUUCUGCCUGGAAGAGCGAACUACCCAAAGGAGCCGCAGGCUGUGAGGACGACGGCUCCCCCUGCGAGCGCGGCGACGACUUCCCGCCCGAGGCCGAAGACCGAAGAGGAGAAGGGGACGACGCAGACACGAAUCCGGACAGAACUGAACUUUCACCGAAGCCCCGAGGAGCAGAACAGGAACAGGAAGGGGAGGGAGACGAGGACAAAAACGAGAAGGAGGAAGAAGAGGAAGGGCAGGAGUCCGAGGAAAGCAAGGAGCUGGAGGACACUUCUGCGGAGAGAAUGGGCGAGAUGCUUGAACUCCCGUCAUCGUCGGCCUCCUCGCCGCUGCACCACCCGGUGCUGCUGGGUAGGAGGGACGCCCAGAGGGACCGGCUCAACAAAAUUCUGCUGGAUCUGCUGCACAGAAGUCCCAACAAAAAUGGUGAGGGACCGGAAUCAAAGCAAGGAGCCGUAGAUGUCUCAUAUCUCCUGGAGGAGGGCGCGGGCCGGCGGCUACGGCGGCGGACGCUCGGAUUUGGGGAUUUUGUUGGCAGAAAAUAACUUUGCCUUGUGCCUGUCGAGCGCACUGCACUGCUUUUCCUGUUAGCGAGCAAUUGGCAGAACACGGAGAGACAGCAAGAAAGGAAGUGCUGCGUUGUUGGUUGUCCGAGCAUUAAGGACCACAAUGCGUCCCUCUGGGCCUCUUCCGGGUUACCUCUUCCAAGACUGGUCAUCUCAACUCUGAGAGGGUGGAGGGGGUUUGGAAGCGCUGACUCCAUGGCAAUUUUAACUCUUCAACAGUGCUCGAGGAGCACGAACAGAGAGAGAGCUGACUCAGACUUGCUUAUUUAAGUAGUAUAAUGCAAAAUUUUAAUUUUUAAUGAACAUAGGAGAAAUAACCCAUGCACUUAAAUGCAUUGAAUAUUACAGACAUGGGCGGAUUAAUUCCCCUAUCACGCAUCAGCAAUGAAACAAGUGGUACUGAAUAAGGAUGGAAUGGUGGCAUCAGUCAGCAGGGAAGUAAUUGCUGGAGAUUUGGUCCCCUCUAGUGGGACCUAUUUGCAAUGACAAAGUAUAACAGAUGAGCGAAGAUCAGCACUGGGACACCUGGAGGAGAGCGGCGUCGGAGGAAUGCAAGUAGAGCGGCGCGCUGAGAGAGAACGAGCGUGGUGAACUGCACUUUUGGUACCAGGGAUAUUGUGAAGAUCUGUGUAAUGUAUCUAUAACAAAACAAACUUAACACUCUCACAGUAUUAGAUGAUGCAGUCUGAAGAAAAAAAAUGAGAAAAAAAGUGAGUUAAAAAGUCUUAUCUUUUUCCUAUACAGUAGUAACUCAUUUAGGAAAAGGAAAAGCCGAGGGGUGUGUUUGUUUUUUGGAUUUAAAAGUAGGGGAGGGAAGAUUCAGUGUGUGCUUUUGUCAGUCAAAGUGUCUUGUGAAGGUUUUAAUUUUAAUCUUUCAUUUUCUUGCGAGGCAGUCAGCUUCGCCCGUCUUAACAUGAUUCACCAGCUUAACUAAAUCAGGCGUUUCGGAGGGGGGGGACACCGGCUUCAACUGUAACGCCUUACACAGCCGUGCUCUCCGACUGCCUUGUGUGCGUGUGUGUGUGUGUGUGUGUGUGCGUACACACUUGGUGUGUGUCUGUAUUCUGCCAGAUUUCUUGAAGAUAUACCUUUUUUUUUUAAAAUUGAUAAAAAAAUGAAGGGCUCUAUGGCAAUUAACAGUUUUAAGAAAACUAUGGAAACAAUACUUAACAUAAAAUGUAUCGUGAUGGUCAUAUUUUCUUAUAUUCUGUGAGACGGGUGGGGCGGUGUAUAUUGGGAGGGCAAGGGACAUAAAACUUUUUUUUCUUUACACUAUGUUCCUGGUUGCCAUGGAGAAUGUUUUGAAAAAGAAAUUGUGAUAUUUAACGAGAUUUCUUUUUCCCCCAAAAUGCCUCUGCUAAAAAAGGGACAGCCUACAAUGUCCCAGCGCGGUGAACAAGAACGAGACACAGACGGGGGGAGAGAGGGGGAACGGAAAGCUGUACAGUGCCAAGUUAUGUAAAUAUACACACUUACAUUGAGAAGUGUCUCCAAAAGCAAUAUCUUGACAAAUUGAUUUUGUUUAUUAUUGUACUGUACAAGACACAGUCCUAAAUGUAUUAUGAUUAUUAUAAUAUUAUAAUUUCUUCCGUUUGUAUUACUAUAAUGAAGACACUUAAGCUUGGAGGGAAUUUUUUUUUUUUUUUAUGUCCAGAAAAGCUCACCACAACUGUCCGGAUAACAUAGAAACUUAAGCUGAGUUUUCGUUGCCUAUUCAUGACAUUCAUCGAUGUACUGCAUGAACCAGAAGAAUGUUGAAUGGACACAGAAGGCAUUGGGACAAGACAGUGACUCAGCGACGACACCUUUGUCACUGAAUAUUGUUAAUAAUAUUACUUUUUAAGGAGAAAUGCACUCCUUGUUUUUGCUGCAAAGUGUUGAACACUAAAAAAACAAACCAACAUAAAAAUGUUAUGAUAUUUUUAAACGUUGAUGGAAACAAAAAGAAAGCUGUCAACCCAAUAUCACGUUAUUCAUUUUGUUUUAUUUUCAAAUAGGAAAUUCUGUGAUAGCAGUCAUUGUAUGAUGCUUGUACUUGUGUUUGUGCGUUUUGUGUGAUUUGUUUAGUUAUUUUUAGACAAUCACAGAAUAAGAUGCAAGCAUUGUAAAUGGCAGACUGGCAGACCUUUUGUGAUGUGUACAGUUUGUCAAAAUACUUCUUCCACUCUUUAAAAGUUUGUAAUUAUGAUUCUUAAGUCAUGAGAAAUGCUGUUGGUUUUUACUUUUUGUUUUAUAUUUGUUUUUGUUUUUUUUGUUUUUUUUAAUAAAAAAGCACUACAUUAUUGUGAAUACAA